AUGGAUGCGGCAGACUUAUUCCGACAGGCGCAGAGCUCUGUCAACCGGGCUCGAGAAGCCAAGUCUUUUCGCGUCCGAGAGAGUAGCCAUGAGAGUGACGACCACUCACCCCGAAUAGCACACACGCUGACGGCAUGCUGUCGGUGUCGACAGAGAAAGACAAGAUGCGACCCAAAUCUUCCGCGGUGUUUGCCUUGCGAGAGAGCCGGAGCAAUCUGCGAGUACUUUGACACGUCAAAGGGCAAGAAGAUAUCCCGGACUUAUGUGAUCCGACUUCAAGACAAAGUGCGGGCAUUGGAGGCGGAACUUAGCCAAUACACCGAAGAGGAGGGGUUCCCUCAAAACACAGAAGAUAUCGUCCGGCCCGGUGGCCUGGUCCGUCUAAACGAGGACGACGAGACGCCGCGGUUUUUAGGCCCUUCGAGUGGUAUUGCCAUGACAAGGCUGGUCAUGGAAGAAGCGAAAAAAUACACGGAUUCGAGGACUAUUCGGGAACUCGUGCCCGAGGUCCGCAAACGUCGAACUCCUGUUCAGUCUCCAGAAUCAUCUACUGGGCGCAAAAAAUCAUAUCCUAUGAUCAGUGCCGUUCCGGCACAGAAUUUGCCCAGCAGACUAGUAUCGGACAAAUUGGUGGAGGUGUUCAAUCAAAAAGCCCAGUAUCUAAUGCCUACCUUACAUGAGCCCUCAUUCCUCAAAGAUAUGCAAGAAGUCUACGACGGGAGCACCGAUCCUUAUCAGAACUUCGUGGUACGCAUGAUGUUAGCAAUUAGCAUGCAGAAGCUGGACCCUCAGUACGCAGGCUUGGCAGAUAGCUACUACCUGGCUGCUAUGGCGUACAUGGAAGACGUGAUACGGCCUAAGGACCUAAAGACCCUCCAGUGUCUGGUUUUAGUUGCACAAUAUUCUCUGUUGACUCCCACACGAACUGCCAUCUACUAUGUUGUUGGCCUUGCAACGAGACUAUGCCAACAACUAGGCUUGACCGAAGAAAAGACCAUUACCCAACCUUUAGGAAUGGUCAACCCUCUUCAAUUAGACAUGAGACGGCGGCUUUCCUGGAUUAUCCUGUCUAUGGAAUUUGGUCUCGCACACAGUAUGGGACGUCCGAAUGCCUUCGCUACCGGUCAAGACCAUGUCGAUGUUGGCUUUUUUGAGCCAAUAGAUGACGAGUACAUUACAGAGGAAGGUAUACUGCCUGGGCCCGUCUCUGAAAAGAAGACAGUGGCCAUCCAUUUUCUUCGAAUGAGGUUGUUGCAGGCAGAGAUACGGCGCGUUCUGUACCAAAAGAAACGGUCGGAGCCAAAAAGCGAAGACCAUCCCUGGUAUGCGCAGAUGGAGCAGAAAAUCCAGGAUUGGCUCAGCGCUUGUCCCCAGAGCCCUGCAUGGGCCCCGCCAUGGUUUGCCGGAAGAUGCAAUACUAUGAUUGUGACUCUCCUUCGCCCUUCACCUCAGGUCCCCAAACCCUCAGUACGAUCGGCAAGGAUGUGCUAUGAUGCUUCAUCUACCAACAUUAAAGGCCUCAGCAAGCAAAUGGAGACUGCAAUGGUUGAUAUCACGUGGAUUUUCGUCUUGACCCUUUUCCAGGCCGUGAAUACCAUCCUCUGGUCGAUUUCUUAUCCCGAAAUCCGCGCUCUGCAUAGCAAGGAAGAGCUCGAGGAGAAUAUUGAAAUUGCGCUUGAUAUUAUUGUCAAGUGUCGGGAACGCUGGCCUGGGACUUCGGCUGCUUCUGAGCUCUAUUCAAAGCUUGCAAAGGCUUGUUUGAAGGCGUAUGAUGUGAGAGACAGCUCUCAUCCACCGUCAUCACUCUCAGCCAACUCACCAUCGUCUCUCACGGACGCUAAUUCCCCUUCGGCGUCCGAACACUCCAGUGCAACCACCGGCUCGCUUGCAUUUUCCCAGAAGACGUUUCACUCGCCGCCGCCUCAAUUCGGAUAUGUUUUCGAUCAAAUGCCUGAACCCAUGUCAAAUUUUGACUACGGACCGCCUCAGCCAUCUUUCCGAUCAAACUCCAUAUUCGCAAGUCCAUCAAGCAUGCAAACGGACCGUCGGUUUAGCUAUUUCCCACCAGAGUUCACCCAGCCUAGCACUCUCCCCAAUGCUUGGAAUCCGAUGAUUUCAGGGACAUCACAGUCUCAAAUAUCUGCACCAGCAGCAGCACCCGUGCCACAGCCUGCCAUAGCGGAUCCGUCCUAUUUCAUGCAGACUGGAGCUUAUUCCUUUGGCUCGCAUUUGUAUGGAGACGGGAAUUUUGACACUGAAAUGAGAAACGGAUCGCUCAGUCAGCAGCAGCAGCUCGACCUGCUGCAGAGUCUUGAGACGGAUGGCUUGACGGAGAUUGAUAAUUUUAUGAAUCUUACGAAUAGCGGGUACGAAUCUUCCAUAAAGCUUUGA